UCUAGCGUCAUUGCGAUCGAGUAUUUUUGGGGGAUUUUGAACGCGGCGGCUGAAACUGAGCAACUUCUCAUGCUGGCACUUGUUCAUUUCACAUGCAGACCCGCUGAACGGAGAAGACUGGAUUUGACUCAUCAUUUGUCCAUGGGAGCUGCUGGACACCGAUAACGGUUGGAAUAAAAGCGAUGCAUUGGAAGUAAUCGUGACAUUGGUCAGCAGUGUCUCAGCCGAGCGCUGAUAAAAAAACAAUGCUACUGGAUCAGCUGCGAAACUAUCCGAGGAACACUGUUAGACUUCAAUACAGGAAUACACAGAAUAAAUACAGACCAUCUCACUAACUGGAGCAGUUCAUUCUGUCUCAACACUGGACGUAAACCUCAAUAUGCCAGCGUUGUGAAUUUGCCUCAGAAGACUAGAGGAUCCUACAGGAUAAGCAUCCACAUGCUACUGAGAGGAACAGAGACACGGGAGGAUGUCAACAGAGGCAGAACUUCAAGCAGAUGUCAAACUCAGUGUCAAGAAGGAGUCCAGAAGACGAGGUCGGGAUCGCAGCGAGCAGGCCCUGGUUCAGCGCUUCAGGGGCGACGGCGUCAGUUACAAGGCCAAGCUGAUUGGGAUUGAUGACGUGACGGCCACACGCGGAGACAAGCUGUGCCAGGACUCCAUGAUGAAGCUGAAGGGAAUCGCUGCUUCAGCGCGGUCAAAAGGGAACCACAAACAGAGGAUUUUCUUGACUGUGUCUUUUGGUGGAAUCAAGAUUUAUGAUGAGAGAUCAGGGGUCUUACAGCACCACCACUCUGUACAUGAAAUCUCCUACAUUGCCAAAGACACAAGGGACCAUCGCGCCUUCGGCUACGUCUGCGGAAAAAAAGGCAACCACAAAUUUGUUGCAAUCAAGACCAGCCAUUCGGCAGAGCCAGUCAUACUGGACCUGCGUGACCUUUUCACCCUCGUCUAUGACAUCAAACAGAGGGAGGAGUCACAGAAAAAGGCUCAGAAAGACAAGCACUGUGAACAAGCCGUCUAUCAGACGAUUCUGGAAGAUGAGAUUGAUGAUCCAGUGUAUCAGUACAUUGUGUUUGAAGCUGGACACGAGCCCCUCCGUGGCCACCAAUCAGAGGAGAGCGUUUACCAGGUCCCCACAAGUCAGCAGAAAGACGGGAUCUAUGACGUUCCAAAACACCAUCUUAUGACUAAUAUAAACCAGUUUGAUCUUUUCGGUGACAUGGCAACCCCCCCAGACAUCCUUUCUAUGCCAGCGUCACCUGCUAUCACACUGGAUCCUGGAAGGAGGCGACGUCAGCACCGUCCCGAACUCUUCACUCAUUUAAGCCCACCGGCUGUGCCCUCAGGCUAUAUGACCAUGGGUGCUAUCCAGGCUGCUCACUGGACCCAACAGUCAUUUGCUACCCAGGCUGCUCCAAUGGCCUUCGGGGUUCAGGGACCAUUGCAAGUGGCCCAGAUGCUCCCUGGAGGCCAGCCUGUGAUUUGGGGUCAGGCUAAUCUCUUCCACUCUCCAGCCACGGGCCAGCAGCAAUGGGCGUUCGUACCAGCCCAGACAGUUGGCAUGGGAGCGCAUCCGAUUCCAGCCGCAGUGCUCCAGGGUCUGGUUCCCAUAGCUGCCAUGCGCCCUCACUCCUGUGAACCUCCCGAGACUUCGUCAAACAUUAUGAGCCCUCAGCACUGUGUAGAACCUACCCUACAGGAAAGUGGAUCUAAGGACGCCCUAAACAAGGACCCCCAGGAGGAAACAAUAGCUGUUCACUUUUGCACAAGCAAACAUGAUGCUGCACAGUCCUCUGGGACACAGGAAAUGGACUGCUGUGGUGAGCUUGAUCUUUCACAGUUGAGAUUGACUUCAGAGUCGUCAGUAUCACCAUCCCCAACUGAUUCUUGUGCUACUCCUGGUCUGGAGCAGGAAACCAUGUCCCCAGCAGUUGCCCCCUCAAUAGAGCCAUUGCUCCUGACUGCAAAAGACAGCUUAGUCAAUGUGCCAGAAGCUUUGGAGGCAUGUGCUCAAACUCUCAGCACUGAUGAGAUACCACCAGAUGCUCAGAUAAACCUUCCAGACUCUUCACAGCUGGAUGUCCAAAGAGAGAUGUCUUCUGGUGCUGUAGUGCUUUGUCGUUCAGAAGACAGGACCGCUGAACAACCGCCUAAAGAUCCAGUGGACUGUUCACAGUCUGAAUGGUCCUCAUGGACACGCUGUGACCCCUGCCUUAAGAAGAGGUAUCGCUAUGCCACGCUGGUCCAGCUGUCUGAGUUUGGAGGAGAUCCGUGUCAUGAUCAGGGCCGAGAGGAGGAAGCCUGCACCGCUCCGCCGCGAUACUCCUGCCAGAAACCCACUCCUCCAUGCCAGGGCUUUCGCUGUACUGUCACAGGUCGCUGUGUGCUGGAGGCUCUGCGCUGUAACGGUGAUGAUGACUGUGGGGAUGGCUCUGAUGAACUGGGCUGUAAUAAAGUGUACAAAGCCUGUAAUCAGCCAACUGAGGAGUAUUAUGGAAUUGAGAAUCUUGCCAAAGGAUUCAACAUUUUGAACGGUAAACUGGAAGCAGUGGUGCUCGAUAACCGAUACUACGCUGGCGGCUGCUUGCCUCAUUUUAUCCAAGAUGUUCGCUACAGGAAGCCAUAUAAUAUACAGCAGUACACGAUAGAGACAAAAGGUUCUUAUGAUUUCACACUGGAGGUAUAUGAAUCUUACAAUGAAUACGUCAAGAGUGAAACAAAGGCAACUUUGUCCAAGACCAGCGUCUCAUUUGGAGUUUCUUUUCCUAAUACUUUUGAGUUCAGUUUUAAAUAUAAUGACCACAAGUACAAGAAGUCAGUGACGAAGAUGCGCAACUUUUCAGGGACGAAAAAAAAAUUUCUCCGAGCUCACUCUGAACUUGAGGUAGCGCGCUAUUCUUUAAAGACAUCAAACCUGAUGUUACACCCUGAAUUCCUGUCCCGCUUGCAAGCCCUGCCAGUGGAAUACACAUACGGAGAAUAUCGGCAGAUUUACAGUGACUAUGGGACACAUUUCAUCAGAGAGGCGACUCUCGGUGGAGAUUUUGAAUAUACUAUUGUCCUCAAUGAUGAGAAAUUAGAGAAAAGUGACUACAAGCUUGAAGAGAUCAAGAAAUGUGUACAAGUUGGGCUUAAAGUUGGAGCCCUAAUUAAGGGGGUGUAUGUGAGUGCAGGAUUUUCACUUGGUGGCUGUAAAGGGCUGUUGGACGAGCUUGGAGAUUCCAGUAAAGCAGGGGAAAUGGUGGAAGAUGUGUUUAUUGUGGUCAGAGGUGGUGACAGUGAAACAGUCUCACGUCUAGCUGCAAAACAGCUGCCAACUCCAGACAUCAUGCAGCUGUGGGGCGAUGCUGUGUUCUACAAUCCAGAUUUUAUUCGCAAGAAGAUAGAACCACUCUAUGAGUUGGUGCCAUCCCGAGACCCAAAUGCUAACAUCCUGAAGAAAAACCUGAAGAGAGCUCUGUCAGAGUACCUGAAAGAAACCAGCUCCUGUCGCUGCUCGCCCUGUCUCAAUAAUGGCAUGGCAGUGCUCAAAGGCACAAGGUGUGUUUGUAUUUGCCCAGCUGGUUUCAGAGGAGUGAGCUGUGAAAUAACCAAACGAAAAGCACUGGCAGUAGAUGGCAGUUGGAGCUGUUGGUCUUCAUGGUCCACCUGCACACGAAAGACCCAGAAACGUACCCGUCAGUGUAACAAUCCAGCGCCGCAGAAUGGCGGAGUAACAUGCCCUGGGCCAGAAGAGGAAUCAGCUGAUUGCUUCUAAAAUAUCUGACAUUUAUCAGUUUCACAAAUAGUAAUAAUGUAACAAAUAAUAGCAUUGUUUUGAAAUGGAUAAUGCAUACUGACAAAUAUGGUGGGAAUAUGCACAUAAACAAUUUUCUUUAACCAGAGCUGUAAUAAAUGGAAAAAUAGAUGGAAAAAUGUCGAUUAUAUUUUGAUUAUUAAACGUUGACGAAAAAUUUUGAAUAAUGUUCAUUAUAUCAUUAUAAGAAAAUAUGUCUAGGCCAAAUUACAUCUCAAAACCAAAAGAGAUUAUAUAAGAAAUUAUAUUUUAAAUUAUUAUUAUUAUUAUUAUUCAUUACUGUAAUGUUUCCAGAUGUUUUGCUUUGGGGGAAAAUGUUGAUAAAGCGAUAGGUGUAAAGAGUACCAGCCAUGCUUACUGUAAGUAAAAGUUGAAAUACCUUAGGCUGAUGAUACACAGAGAUUACAAUCAAAGUGCACACAUCCAGCAGACCAAAAGCUCAAUGUGGGUGCUCAACCACAAACAAUGUCAGACAGGAAGAGCAAAGUUGGCACACCACAGCUUUUCAUCAUACAUGAUAUACGGGGCAACUUUUUGAGCAAUUUGGCCGGGCAACUUUUUUGAGCAAUGUUGCUUGGCCACUUUCCCACUGAGAAUAGGUGACAAAUUUCUAUCUGGAUACUUUAAAUCAGUCGUAGGCACUGUGUCUCACCUGGUUGCCUGUUGAUGCCAACAUUAAUCAAAGUUGCCCAGCAAUAUUGCUCGAAAAGUUGCUCCGUGUAUCAUCAGCCUUACAGUGACAAUAUAGGCAAAAGAUGCACUAGUCCUCAACAUCCAACAGAAGAGACAAUUAGUGAGUAGCGCAACUGCAUAUUUUGCAAAAACUGCACACCUUAAUACUGCAAUAAAUCAAAGUCGACACAACAACCUUAAAUACUUAAAAACAUUCAAGUCUAAGUUAAGCUCAAGUUAUCACAAAGGACAUGAGGAAACCAAUAUCUUUUUAAAAAGGGCUCUUCAGGAUAAUGGAUAAAUAUACAUAUUAAGUAAAAUAAAUAGUCAAAGCCUAAUUGGACUGGACGAGCUGGUUUUGGCAUCAUCACUGACUGCAGCUAUGUGCUUAUCUAAUAUACGAAAUGCCUGCAAUUCAGAAACUAGCUGCUAAAUGGACUCGCAUUCAUUUAAAGCAGCCUUGUUGGCAAGUUAAGGUAUGUAAGGGCGAAACUCCCUUAUACUGAAGUUAACUUCACCAUCCCAUAGAUGCAGAUACUUAAGAAGAGUAUAUGCUGAUGUUUAAGUACAGUAACUUGUCGUUAUAUCCUUUCAAGUGGUUCUGAUCAGCUUCUAAUCAAUAUUCAUCAUUUAAAGAAUUAAAGGCAUAGUUCGCCUAACAGUUAGAGAUUAUGGUUUAUAAAGUUGUAAAUAUGGAUAUUUUUAAACAAAAAACGCACCGAUUCACUUCAGAAGGCUUUUAUUACUAUCUCCUUAAAAAUGAUUUUAGUAAAUUCUGUAGUUUUAGAAUAGUGAAGUAGAUUUAGCAUUAUGAGUCUGUCUAUACAUAUCUUUAGCCCUCUUGCUGACCGUGAUAGUCCAAGUCACAUAGGUCAUUCAGGCCCUUCUCUGUGUGACCAGUUCUCAGUGUAAGCUCAUCCUGCUCAGAGAAUAAAAAAUAUUGUUUAAAAGUCUGACUGUGAGAAAUGAUAUCUUAUCAAUAUGUUUCCUGAUCUAGCUAUAAAGUUCUAAAUACGUCAACCUUGAGGAAGAUGUGUGUGUCAGUGUUUUUUGUUACAGGAUGAGAUGGCUCCAGUAGGGUGAACAACUGGCAUCCUGGAGUACUGGAAUGACCAUAUUAAGAACACUGGACAUCCCAGUUCAUGCACUAAUUUUGUAUUUCCGUGCACUAAUUUUGUACUUAAUAUACUAAAAUGAUUCUGUAGUACUUAUUAAGAUAAACUUAAGAUCAUUUAAGUGUACUCAACUGUGCUAUUUUGAGACACCAUGAAUAUGAACU